UGAAGAUUAGUUCAGAAGCUAAGGAAGAUGGCAGCAGAAUAUGGAGAAGUGAAGUUUUUUGGGUCAGGAGGAAGCCCUUACGCUCGCAGGGUUCAGAUAGCUUUGAAGCUGAAAGGAGUUCAGUACCAACACUUUGAAGAAGACAUCAGGAAAAAAAGUGAACUUCUUCUCAGGUACAAUCCCAUCCACAAGAAGGUGCCAGUGCUUGUUCAUAAUGACAAGCCCAUAGCUGAGUCGCUUGUCAUACUUGAAUACAUGGAUGAGACCUGGAAAACUUACCCCAUCCUCCCUCUCGACCCUUAUCAAAGAGCCCUCGCUCGCUUCUGGUCAAGGUUCAUCGAUGAUCAGGUGCUGCCUGCAAUACAGGGAGCAGCAUGGACGGCGGAGGAGAAGGAAAGGGAAAAGGCGAUUGAAGAAGCGAGUGAAGGACUGGGAUAUCUGGAGAAGGAGCUGAGAGGCAAGUUCUUUGGAGGAGAGACUAUAGGAAUUGUGGACAUAGCGGCGGCGUACAUAGCGUUUUGGCUGCCAUUAGUGGAAGAAGCGGUGGGUCUGAAACUGUUAAGCCACCAAAAGUUUCCGAAGCUGCAUCAGUGGAGUCGAGAGUUCUGCAGCCACCCUGUGGUGAAAGAAAACCUCCCUCCUCCUUCAAGACUGCUGGGUUUCUUCAAAGCUCGCUAUGCUGCCAUUACAGCUUCCAAAUAAGAUUAUAUAUAAAUAUAUGCAACCCUCUGCAACUCUAUGCUCUUCUCUGCUUCUUCUUGGAGUUUUAUGUAAUAAUAAAGCUGUAUUUUGUGGCGUCACGUAUUAAGCUUUGAGUGAGUCCAUGAAUAAGUUGAAUUAUCUGCGUUUUUCCAAUAUGAUAAUAUCAUAAUUAAAUAAUGAAACAUUGCUUUCUCUCUUGUAGGA